UGAACAUUUUAUUAGUACAUCCUUCAGAUAAAAAAUGAAUAAUAUGCUUAAAGUUUAGUGAUUGAAUACGAAAGUAGAAUAUGUAAUGUAAGAAAAUUGAGUAAAAAAAAAACAAAAAACAUUUAACGAAAGACCAUGAGCAUGAGAAAGUCACAAGCUAAAGGUCCCUGACAGAAGAAUUAUCCCGAAAAGAAUCCAUAUUUUCGGUGUUCGACAGCCGCUCUGCGUUUCAAAUGAAUCAGAAGAGAAUAGGCGACCGCUUGAGUUUUCUCCUUCACACAGUGGAAAAACAUCAAAACCUACGAGGAUCACGUUUACGGCUUUGCACAGCGUCUGGAUUCUUGUUUUAUUACGUAUUUUGCCUAAUUUCAGCAUUUUACAGUCUGUCCUAGUGUAAGAAAAAGGUAUUUCCAGGCCUCUUCCUUUUUUAUUUAUUUAUAUCCAUAAACGGAAACCUGCAUUAUUGCUUAUCAAAACAUUGGUUGGCGAUCAUUCCUCUUGUUUUAAAGACGGGUUGCACAUAAAUAUAUAUUCGUUAAAAAUCGAGUAAUAUUCAAUAAUGGCUCGUCCGCGACCUCGGGAGUACAAAGCUGGAGAUCUGGUUUUCGCAAAAAUGAAGGGAUACCCACACUGGCCAGCGAGGAUUGAUGAACUCCCAGAAGGAGCUGUGAAGCCACCUGCAAAUAAAUACCCCAUCUUCUUCUUUGGCACCCAUGAAACCGCAUUUCUUGGGCCAAAGGAUCUUCUCCCAUAUAAAGAGUAUAAAGAGAAAUUUGGAAAGUCAAACAAGAGAAAAGGAUUCAACGAGGGUCUAUGGGAGAUUGAGAACAAUCCUGGGGUCAAGUUCACAGGCUACCAGGCUAUCCAGCAGCAGAGCUCCUCAGAAACAGAGGGGGAGGGGGGCAACGCGGCUGAUGGCAGCAGCGAGGGUGAAGAGGGCGACUCCAUAGAAGAGGACGACAAAGGGAAGCAGAAGGGAGACAAGGCCGGAUCCAAGAGGAAAAAGGCCGCUUCCAACAAGUCCUCCAAGCUGUCCAGGAAGUCCUCAGGUGAGGAGGAGCUGGAGAAGGAGGGUGAGGAGGACAACCACAAGAGCUUGGACGCGGGAGACCCUGACAACGACAUGCGGAAGGCCUCAGAAGGACGCAACGCCAUCCAAGGGACCCAGUUACUCAGAGAAGAGCAUUAAGUGUUGAGGAUGCCCCUAUAGGGAGGCCGUUUAUUGUGGCUGUCAAGUGUUAUAUGAAUUGUGAAACUCAUGAAUAUUCCCACCAUCUACUCUGGUGCUCCAUUACAAACUAGGCCUCUCAUGUGUACCUUCUUAUAUAAAGAAUGACCAUCUUUUCUACUACUAUGACACUAAAUACCCAUUUUGUUGACCAUGGGGUCAGUUCAUUCAACUCAUGACGAAGCAAAAUCUUUUUUUAAUUUUUUUAUUUAUGAAUAUAUUCAAGUUAUUUCUCUAUUACUCUCUGUCCUACCUGUUCAAAUAAAAAUAAAAAUGUAUCAAAGCCUUGAAAUAGUGCUAAGUUUUAACAUUCCACUUCACUUCUUUGACUGAUUUAUCUUAAACAAAUCACAGCUUGUACAUUUCUUUCAUAUUAUAUCAUAUGUUCUCUGAAAUACCCUAACAGGCUGUAUAUUGUAUAUUGUCACACUGAACUGGAUGUUUAUACAAUUUAAACAAAACCUGGACAGCAGUAUAUGCUCGUACAUUUAUUUGUCUUUGAACUUUCUCCACAUCAUAAUACUAAUUUCUUUAUACUAUAAGAAGAAAAUUUCAUUGAAAAGGUAGAGUAAAUGUAUGAAGUAUUGUGCACAAUCCAAGUUACACUUUGUAUCUAUAUAUUUAAUUUAGCCAUAGACCUUAGGACCACAAGAAUUAAACUAACCUGUAGCUAAAAUAAUGGAAUCGUCUUACAAAAAAAGUGAAACAUUAGUUGUGUCUGUGGAAUUUGGUUAUGUUCUUAAAACCUUUUUAGUGGAAUGCAUGACCAUUGUACACAUUACAUGAGAUGGAGGUCAUCUCAGUUAAUCAGAUGACAGUAACUAACUGCCUACAGUUAGCCAUUUGCACUACUUCCAACAGUAUACAAAUUUACCAAUCUGUUCGAGAACACAAUCCAUGUUUGCAAAAGUACCUUUCCUGCUGACAGAAGUCUCCAUUUCUUCUGUAAUUUCAAGUAAAGCAUUCCAUUAACAUUAAAUAAGUUGCCUUUUGUUUUUCUAUUUUUUAUCAUACAAAGAAUAUAUUCUAUUUAUUUUUUUUAAAGUUAGUACAAAGCCUUUGUGAAAUGUAAGCUCAUUUACACUUUGAGUUUUGAUUAUAUUUUAAUAAUUGUUAUGCUUGUGAUUGGAACAUGUUUUACAUUUUCAAGGUUUGUAGUUAAAUGUAAAAUGUUUUUUGCUGUUUAUGGGAAAUAAUUUUACAGAAUAAAAUCAUUGGAAUGCAA